UAAAUUAACCAAAUACAUGAAUAAAACAAUAUAUUUCGCAAUAACCUGUUACUUUAGAAACACCUUAAGAGUAAAGAAGAAAAUUUAAUAAUAAUUAAAUUCUGCUGCAAACAAAAUCGAUUUUUGUUUAUUUUCGAAUCGAAUUAAAAAAAAAAGAGAAGGCAAAAGUACAUAACCACCCUAACGAAAACGCAUUAAAAACAAUAAUAAAAUAAUAGAAAUCAAGAGUAAGGAAGAAAGUGCAGUAAAGCCUUAUAAUUAAAUCAUAUUUAAAAAAAUAAGAUAAUUAAAAGAAUAAGAAUAACAUAUAUAGAAUAAUGGCUCAUUCAGUGCAUGUUGAACGUAGCAUACAUGAAAUGCUUAAGGACACUCCGUCCAUGAAUGAAAGUGAUAAUGCAGUGCAUACUGGUACAGAGGCUUCUAGUAGUAGUCCACCAUUCGCGCCGCCCAAUAGCCUGCCUCUGAGGAAUCAUUCGGCACCAACUACACCCAUGUCUCCAAGUAGUCCACAAAAUGGCUUAGAUGCUAGUUUAUUUCGAACAGGCGCCUCAAAAAUUGAUACAAUAAAAAAUUGGAGUAUAUCAACAUAUAAAUGCACUAGACAGAUAAUGCUAGAAAAGCUGGGCAAAUCUCAACGCACUGUUGAUUCAGAGCUGGAGGCGCAAAUUGAACAAUUGCGUGAUACCCAACGAAAAUAUUUAUCGAUUUUACGUUUAGCGCGAGCCUUCAGUUCCCAUUUUCAUCAUGUGGUGAUUACACAACAUGCCUUGGCUGAUGCAUUUGCAGAUUUGGCUCAAAAAAAUCCGGAAUUACAAAAAGAAUUUAAUUGCAAUUCAGAAUCGCAACGUUCGCUAACGAAAAAUGGGGAGCUACUGCUGAAUGCAUUAAAUUUUUUUAUAUCUUCAGUGAACACACUGUGCAAUAAAACCAUCGAUGAUACACUGCUAACAAUACGACAAUACGAAACGGCAAGAAUUGAAUUUGAUGCAUAUCGUAUGGAUUUGGAAAAUGCCAAACCCGACAUGCCCCAAUCACCGAUCGCAGAGGAUAUACAUAAAAACUAUUUACAACAUAAGGAACUUUAUGAGAAACUAAGGGCGGAUGUGGCCAUUAAAAUGCAAUUUUUAGAUGAAAAUCGGAUUAAAGUCAUGCAUAAACAAUUGGUUUUAUUACACAACGCUAUAGCGGCUUACUUUUCGGGUAAUGCCAACGCCUUAGAAAGCACUCUAAAACAAUUUAAUAUCAAGUUAAAGACUCCCAAUGCGACUACAGGGUCUUGGCUGGAGCAGUAGUACUUCUUGGAGUCGUUCACACACUUGUAUUCCUUUCAGAUAAGAAAACCAAAAAAUAUUUCCUUGUUCACUUAUACAACAACACAUUCAGACACCCUAUAUACAUUUACAAAUAAAUAUAUAUU